CUCUUUUUCCUCUUCUGAUUGCAUGCACCCUUCGCGCCCUUUUCUCUUCUCUUCUUCUCUGUUCUUCUGUGGCUGCGUUUCUCUGCAACCCAGAUUUUGAUCAUUGAGAAAGAUCGAGUCUUUUUGAGGAACAAUGAUUGACUAUAGCUUGCCCGUAGCGAGGAGAACCAGGCAAGGGCAAGCCCUAAUUUUCAAGCAGUAUAAUGAACAUAAGAAGGGGAAGGAGAAUAAUGGGGCUGAGUCGGCGAGUUCAAGCGGACACAGCAGGGCUAAUAUAAAAAUAGAGACUGAGAGUGAGACGGUUGCGGUGUCUGACAGUAGUGUGGAAGAGAUUGGUGUGAAUGAUUGGGGUGAAGAAGGCAGUGAUGUGGGGGUGGAGAGUGUGGGGUUGAAGAAUAACCAAAAUUCUAAUGUGGGUUUUGAAGGAAUUGAUCAGGUGGAUGAAAUUUUGGUGGAUAGUGAGGAGGACGAUGAGGUGGUUUUUUUGGGAGAAGGGGACAUGAAUUGUUCAAGUCUGAAAUCAGGGGAGGGGGUUGUUUGUAUUGACGUUGAUGAUGAUGAUAAUGAUGAUGAUGAGGAUGUUUUGAGUGGGGAAGAUGUAAACGACCCUCGUGGUCUGAAUUCUGAUUAUGUUGUGGUUGAUUCAGAUGGGUCGGAGACAUGUUUGGAAUCAUCCUCUGGUGAAGAGGGUAGUGAUGAUGAGGAUUACAAAGUGGAUAAAUUGGAAAGCUGCCGGGAAUCAUCCUCUAGCGAAGAGGGAAGUGAUGAUGAGGCAAGUGAUGAAGAGGCAAGUGAUGAGGGGAGAGGAAGUCGUAAGAGGGGAAGGCCAAAAGGAGUUGACGUGGGGAUGAAGAGGAGGAAAUAUGGAUUAGAUAUCUUGUUUGAUGCGGAGAAUGAGGAAGACAACAUUAAUGAUGAGCUUUAUUGCGUGGCACAGAGAACCCGUUCUCAUUUUACUGCAAACUUGGGAAAGAAAAAGAAAAAAAUGGACAAUGGAACUUUUAGUCACCCAUUAUGCGUUGAUGAGGAGGAGGUAGUGGAGUCUUCACCCGGGCAUGAUGAUGAUGAUAAUAGUGAUGAUAUUGUUGGCAGUGAGAAAUUUGAGUCUGAUUAUGAGAAUGAAGAUAAUUUUAGUGAUGAUGAGAGUAAUCAUGGUGGUAAGAAGGUGCAGAGAGUACAUGUGAGGGGUGAGGGGAAGUUGAGGAUGGCCACCAAGGGAAAGAGAAUCCACUUAGUGAAAAAAGGUGAUGCUUUGAGGAUUCUUGUAGAAUCCAUUUUGGAGAAGGGGGAAGUUCCUCUGGAAGAGUUGGAAUCUUCUAAAGACGAAAGUAAUUCGGCAGUUGCCAACAUGGGUCUGCCUUUGAAGUUCAAUUUUGGAGAUGAGGAGUCAAAGCCAUCAAACAAAUCCAAAGACCAGACAGAAAUGGAUGAACUGUGGGCAGAGUUGGAAUCUUCUAAAGAUGAUUCCUGCAAAGGUGAAAAUAAUUCGGCAGUUGCCAAGAUGGGUCUGCCUUUGAAGUUCAAUUUUGGAGUUGAGGAGUCAAAGCCAUCAAAGAAAUCCAAAGACCAGACAGAAAUGGAUGAACUGUGGGCAGAGUUGGAAUCUUCUAAAGAUGAUGCGUGCAAAGAUGAAAAUUAUUCAUCAGUUGCCAAGAUGCCUCUGCCUUUGAAGUUCACCUUUGGAGUUGAGGAGUCAAAUCCAUUAAAGAAGUCUGAAGACCAGAAAGAAAUGGACGAACUUUGGGCUGACUUUGAGUUGGCUCUCAUAUGUAGUGAAAUUGGUUCGGCCGUUUCUGCUAAGGUUGAAGAUGCCCUGCCUCCAAAGAAUGACGUUAAUAGAGCUACCCUUUGUCAAGUAGGGAAUCAUGAGUUUAUUCUUGAUGAACAAGUUGGACUUAGAUGUGCAUUUUGCUCCUACGUCAAAAUGGAGAUCAAGUAUAUUCUGCCAUCUUUUAGUACACAUCCUUGUGGAAAAUCAGACAGGAGAGACCCAGGUAGUGAAAUGAACCACUCCAUCUUUGACGACCUAAGGUGUCAAGAUUCUGGUUGUGAUUCCUAUUCUGUCUGUGAUCGCCCUCAUGCUGAAGCCACUGUGUGGGACAUCAUUCCUGGUAUAAAAAGUAGUAUGUACCCGCAUCAACGUGAUGGUUUUGAAUUUAUUUGGAAGAAUAUAGCCGGAGGAAUUUAUCUUGAUAAGUUGAAAAACCAAACAACUACUUCUGGUGGGAGUGGGUGCAUUAUGUCUCAUGCUCCUGGGACGGGGAAGACCCGUCUAACAAUUGUUUUUCUCCAGACAUACAUGAAAUUACAUCCAGAAUGCAGGCCGGUCAUUGUAGCUCCUCUUGGCAUGCUCCUUACCUGGGAAGAGGAGUUUCGAAAGUGGAAGUUUGACAUUCCUUUUCACAAUUUGAACCAGUCGAAGUUGUCUGGCAAGGAAACUCUCACAGAACGUAUGGUAGCUUCUUACAGAUUGAAGCAAGGUAGAUACCUGAACAAACUUGUUAUCCGUUCGUUGAAGAUAUAUUCCUGGAAACAGAAUAGUAGCAUUCUGGGACUUACUUACCAACUGUUUGGAAAACUGGCUGGUACUGGUAUUGGUACUGGUACUGGUACUUGUACUUCUCUGUUCAGGAAAGAGCUUCUUGAGGUUCCUGGCCUUGUUGUCCUUGAUGAAGGGCACAUUCCUCGCAAUGAACUUAGUCUUAUCCUGAAGGCCUUGUCAAACAUCAAAACUGACAAGCGGAUUAUCCUUUCGGGAACUCCUUUUCAAAAUAAUUUUGAUGAGCUAUAUAACACACUCUGCUUGGUAAGGCCAAAGUUCACAAGCAUAAGAGGCAAAUGGGAAUCUCUUACAAGUCCCAUUACCAAAGGCACUAAUGAUAGACUGAAAUGUGAGAAUCUGAAGAAGGUUAGAGAUAUGAUUGACCCAUUUGUGCAUGUACACAAAGGUUCAAUACUACAAGAAAAACUUCCUGGGUUGAGGGACUCUCUGGUCAUAUUACAGCCAACCCAACUGCAGAAGAGCCUCUUUGGUGAACUCCAUCAACAUAUUACACGAGACCAUUUAAACCAUUUUAAAUCUGAUUUUUUAAAUUCUUUGAUCUCUGUCCAUCCUUCACUGUUGCUUAAGUGCGGGGAAGCGGGGUUUCCUUCUGAGAGGGAUAAGUUAGAAGGAUUGAAUCAUGAGGCUGGAGUCAAAACAAAUUUUUUACUGGAACUCAUCCGGCUUAGCAAUGCUUUGAACGAAAAAGUUUUGGUUUUUAGUCAAUAUCUUGAACCAUUGACCUUUGUGAUGGACCGGCUUAAAUUUCAUUUCAAUUGGACCGAGGGGAAUGAGGUAUUGUAUAUGGAUGGAAGGCAAGAAGCAAAGCGGCGCCAAUCAUCAAUUAAUAUUUUCAAUGACCCAACUAGUGAAGCAAGGGUAUUACUUGCUUCCACAAAGGCUUGUAAUGAAGGAAUAAGUCUGGUUGGGGCUUCUAGGGUUGUUUUGCUGGAUGUCGUAUGGAAUCCAUCAGUAGAAACACAAGCGAUAUCCCGUGCCCACAGGCUUGGGCAAGAAAAAGUUGUGUACAUCUACCAUCUCAUAGCGGCUGGGACAAAUGAAGAGGAUAAAUAUUGUCGACAAGUUGAGAAGGACUUGUUGUCUGAGUUGGUAUUCUCUUCUUCAGGCGGGAGCGGUGAUCAGCCAAAAAUCUCACCCUUAGUCUCUGAUGAUAAAAUUUUGGAAGAGAUGGUUCAACACGAGAAACUUAAACAUAUUUUUGAAAAGAUCCAACAGAAAAAGUCUAAACUGAUGGAGAUUGUACCAUCCAGUACUUGAGGCGGAAAUUAUUUUGUGUUUGGCAUCAGAAAGCUUCCAGGAAUUUUUUGUGAAGAAGUGUAUCAGAAAAUCUUAGAAAAUGCAAAUGGUUUGCUUCAACUGGAUUUCAUAAUCAUAGGUUAUUCAAAAGCUUGGUAAAUAUCAAUGUUCCACCUCUGAUCUUCUGUGCUAACAUACACUCUUUUUGCGUUAUAGAAUCAAUUUUCAUCAAUUGAGAAAUUUCUUGAGAUUUGAUUUAACUCAUGUUUCUGGUUGCAAUUUCAAAUGGUGUUAGCUGAUCCUUGUGCUGAAGUAAAUUAUAUAUGUAUAUGUGUACUUAAGGUAUAGAUGUGUAUUCAGCAGUCAUAAUAAUAUACUGUAC